AUGAAGGAACGGAUGAAUUUCAUGAUGAACACCCUCAGAGGACGGGUGUCAAGCGGCUUCAACGAGUUGGUCCAUCGAACUGAUUCACCAUUCACUGCUUCCGUCACUUUGUUCCUCCUUUCACCAACGUUUCGCAUGCCGCAGGUGAAGACCUACGACGCAUCUAAGGAUCCCCUCGAUCACUUGGAGUCUUUCAAGACCCUGAUGCUCCUGCAAGGAGUGGUGGACGAGAUCAUGCGCAGGGUCUUCCCCACUAUGUUGAAGAGCCCUAUAAAGAUUUGGUUCAGCAGGUUGACACCCAACUCCAUUAGUACCUUUAAGGAGUUAAGCGCCCAGUUUUCCUCAUACUUUAUCGGGAGACAUAGGUAUAAGAAGUCUACUGCAUGCUUGAUGAGCAUUAAGCAACGGGAGGAUGAGACACUAAGGUCUUACAUAAUCUACUUUAACAAAGAGGCCCUCUUGAUCGAUGAAGCUGACAACAAGAUACUCGUGGCUGCAUUGACGAAUGGGUUAUGGAAGGAGAAGCCCAAAAAAAGGGAAAGACAAAAUGAGGCAUGGCAGGAUAGGGGACUAAAGACAACAAGGACUGGAGACCGACAGGAGGAUAGGUGCUCCAAACCCCCCACAGGGAGGUUCACAAGCUUCACCCUAUUGAAUGCCUCAAUCAACCAAGUCCUGAUGCAGAUCAAGGAUGAAGGAGCCUUGACAUUUCCCGGUAAGCUGAAGGGAGACCCCAAUAAGAGGUCUAGAGACAAGUACUGCCGCUUUUACCAUGAUCAUAACCAUAACACAUCUGACUACUAUGACUUGAAGUAA